AUGAUCAAGAAGCGAAUCCUGAUAAUCGGCGGCACCGGCUACCUGGGCCAACACCUCCUACGAUCUUUCUCCGACAACUCAGAUGCAGAUUUUCCCUUGGCCCUCGCGUUCACGCACCACUCGAAUCCUCCUCCUCAGGCGCUGCUCGAUGCUGUUCCUCAAGCUCUCCCGUUCCACGUCGAUCUGAGCACCGGCGGCGGCCUCGGCUCUAUUUUCGAUGCUUUUGGCCAGCCAGACGUGGUGAUCAAUUGUGCUGCUCUUUCUGUGCCCCGAGCGUGCGAGAUGGAUCCGGAAGCUGCCAUGUCUGUGAAUGUCCCUACAGCUCUAGUGAAAUGGUUGUCGAGCUUUGGAGAGAGUACUCUUCUGAUACAUUUGUCGACUGAUCAAGUUUAUGAAGGGACAAAAUCCUUUUACAAGGAAGAGGAUGAGACUGUCCCGGUGAAUGUUUACGGAAAAUCUAAAGUCGAGGCAGAACAUUAUAUAUCUGGGAACUGCCGGAACUUUGCAAUUUUGAGAAGCAGUAUAAUCUAUGGACCUCAAACUAUCUCUCCUGUUCCUAAAUCUCUUCCAAUCCAGUGGAUGGAUAGUGUCCUUGCUAAGGGAGAGGCAUUGGAUUUCUUUCAUGACGAGUUUCGAUGUCCUAUUUUCGUGAAGGAUCUUGUUGCUGUAGUACAGACGUUGACUAAACAAUGGAUCUCAGAGGCUAAGCAAAUGCGAUUGGUCCUUAAUGCUGGUGGCCCAGAUAGGGUAUCACGGGUUCAAAUGGCUGAGGCAGUUGCACGUGUCAGAGGCUAUAGUACGUCACUGAUCAGACCAGUGUCUGCCUCCUCAGUUGAUCGUGGUGUCAGGUCUCCUUCAGAUAUUUCCAUGGACAUCAAGAAGCUGCUUCAGACAACAGGUAUUUCUCCAACUCCUUACACAGAAGGUGUCAGAUUGACUCUUGAGGCUGAAAGUCGUCUAUAG